CACACGAUCCGUCGACAUGCAGUGUACACGCACGCGCACUGCGACACUCGUUACCCAAACGUUACGUGUGGGCACUAGCGCGUGCGUUCGAAUACCGUACGCGCGCCGUCGUGUAUUAUAUUAAUAUAUCGUACGUUCGUACCAUUGUUGUACCGUCCGCAGUACCAGGUAAAUAAUAAAACAUCGUGUCCGUUCCGUCAGACAAACCGACACACGCAGUGUUAUUGCACGGACCGAGGAAAAUAGAAACAGCGCACCGCCUGGCGGACGAUGCCGCCAACGCGAUCCGUUAUCACGCAGCCCGUUAUCAGCGCGUGAAACAACGUUUUAAUUUUUAAAAAAAAAAAUUUCCUCAGACUUCGGCGGCGCGCGUCUCAAAUUUUCCACCGUCUGCCCCGUUUCCCACGACGUGCGCGCGUGUGUGCCCCAGAGCACAGUAAGGACGUACCGUAACGCAUUGCCGCCGCCGACGCUGCGCGCCCGCCGAACGCCGCCGCGCGCACGACGACGACCACCACACGAUGCCGUCGCACAUGAACUGUUGUUUCAACAAAUGCACCAACUCGAGUCGGAGCACGCAGAACCUGUCGUUUCACAAGUUCCCGACCAACGAGAGCCUGUGUAAACAAUGGGUCGAACUGUGUCAGAACGACAAAGUCAUUCAGAAGUUCAAGAACCACGGUUCCAGCCAGGUGUCCAAGAGUUUCAGGAUAUGUUCCGAACACUUCAAGCGGGAAGACUAUGUUUUGUGGACGUCGAAAAAAAAGGUAUUGCACAAAGGAUCUAUUCCGACGGGACAGCAGCUGAUAAGCCCGAAAACGACACACUCGAACAUUACCACUUGGAGUGAUAUGAUCACCGAGGAAGACGAGGCAGUCGCCAACAAUGCAAGCUGGAGUCCACGCGGAACCCCAAAUUUUGAUCUAUCUGGCUCAGUUGUGUAUUUUCUAGUACCUGAGCAGGCUUUAUCGAUCAUUUGGUAAUAAUUUCAAAAGAUAUUGUUGAUCAUACAAUUGCUCCAUUAAUUAUUAUUGUUUCACUGUAAGAGGAUAAUCAAUUCUUUGUUGAUUAUAGAAUCAUAUUCUUAAAAUUAGAAGACAACUUCUUAGAAAAAAUUUGUAUUAAGUGAUUUGAAUAUUACUUAAAUUUUUAUGAAUAUUAUAUUAUAAUUAAUUGUAAAAAUGUGAGCAUUCUUGUAUUCGUGAAAAAUCAUUAUUAAAUAUUUUUUUAAGUUAUUACUUAAUUUAGUGUUUUAUUAUGAUAUUGUAAGAUGAACACUUGGCUAAAAACCAAAACUGCCUUUUUAACAGAAUUUUUUAAAUCUUCAGUUGUUCAUUUUUAUCAGGAAAAGAAACAUCAGCGCUUGAAAUGAAUCAGUAUCAAAACUCAAUUGAUAAUAAUAUUAUUAUGUGUUAUAGGAGAUAUUAAAAAGUAUAACACUAAUUUUUGUAAAACCUAAACGGUGUGCAGCGUAUUAUUGUUGUUUUUUUUGUACAAUUAUUGUUUAUUUUUUUUUUAAAUAAUUAUUGAUAUUUAGAUUGGUAAAGGGUGUAUAUAAAAUUGUAUUAAUAUAAAAAAUAACGGGCCUUAUUGUUUUCUGAGUACAUUAAUUUACACAAAUAAAUAAAAAUAAUUGAAACACCAUAAAAUCAA